AUGUACGACUCGGGUCACGAUGCCUGGGGCCCCGAGUUGAUCGCCAACCGCCCCGAAAUCACGAUGGAAGUCAUCGAUCAAUACCUGCACAACCUCUACCGUGUGCAACCUGACUUCGUGUAUUGCGUGACCCGGGAUUUCGCGCGCCAGUGUCAGACCCCGAUACUGGUCAUGCCCGACGAUACCCCAUCGCACUCCCUGGAGGCCGCCAUGGAAAUGGUAGCGCUGGCGCCCAAUGCCCGGGUGACGGCGUGGCCGUGGAAGGAAGAUGAGGCCCUGAAGGCUCUGACCAUCAACCAGGCGCGCGAGUUCCUCAAGGCGCACCAGCCGGCGACGGCGGCGCGCUAG